CACACCCACCGCAUUCAAUCCAUCAACUAUCCGGCUCUCGUCAUCAACCAACAAGCAACAACCAUCACAGUCAUCAAUUUGACAACCAAACAACACAAUGGCUCGCACUAAGCAGACUGCGCGGCAGUGGACUGGUGGCAAGGCCCCGCGAAAGCUGCCUGCCCGCAAGUCUGCCCCGGCGGCCGAGGUUUAUAAGAAGCCCUAUCGUUAUAAGCCCGGUACCGUCGCUCUCCGCGAGAUUCGUAGCUACCAGAAGUCGACUGAGCUCCUGAUCCGCAAGCUCCCCUUCCAGCGCCUGGGCAUUAAGUGGGAUCUCAGCUUCCAGCCUUUGGCCAUCGGCGCUCUCCAGGAGUCGGUCGAGUCUUAUCUCGUCUCUCUCUUCGAGGAUACCAAUCUGUGCGCCAUCCAUGCUAAGCGUGUCACCAUCCAGGCUAAGGAUAUCCAGCUUGCCCGCCGCCUGCGCGGAGAGAGCAACUAA